AUGCAGAUUUCCCUACUUUUCCCAGGUUUGUUGACAUCGCCAGGGGAACUUCCGAACUUCCCCUCCCCGGGGACAUCGCUACCGCCCGGCUUCAGGAAACCCCAGGGAUGCCUCAACGGCGACGCUUGUCUUCGCUGUCAUCUCUGUCCAGCCGGUGAGCUGAAGCGUCGCAAGGGCGAGCAGAAGGCGAAGCGUGCGCUGGCGAAGAGCGAGAGUUCGCCCGAGGCAGAGCCAGAGCCCCUGCCCCUGGAGCCAGAACUCCCAUCGCUGGGGUCGCGGCUGCAUGCGGCAGGCACCUCACAAGCUGCAGCUGGGGACGGCCCGGGGGGCCCCGGGGUUCAGCAUCCCAACAGGCCAGUGCAAGCCUUGCGCAUGGUUCUGGAAGGUGCCCUGGUCUUGAAGACGGGACCAGAGAUCGAAGAGAGUCGAGAUAGAGAGGUAGGAAGCAAGCCAAAGUGGCGGCCAUUCGUGCCAAGGGCCACCUGGAAAGCCAACAAGCAUGUCAUGUCAGAGAUUGGUGAACAAAUGGACGCUGAUGCUCCAUCCAGAGCAGCUCCCAGCCCUGCCGCUGUAACGGUUCCUGCGGCUCCCAUGGUGUACCAGGUGUUGCCUCAAUAUCCCACGUUGCUCAGCCCCUGGCGUCCUCCAUGUCCUGGCUGUGCCUGCUGCACCAACUGCGUGCCCUUGAACCAGCCGCGGCAGUGCGUCGCCUACCUCUCGGCCAUGUCUCCCGCGUCGCUGCCGGCCGCGCCCUGCGAGGCGGGCGAACGCCGCACUGUGCAGGAACUCUCUGCGCCGGUCUUCGCCGUGCCCAGCGUGACCUUUCCGAAGCUGGUGCCAGCGCCACAGCCAACACCAGGUUUUGGAAGCCGCAGGGCUGUCAUCACGGUGGAGAAUGUGGGCGUUGUCACCUGUGUCCUGCAACGGACGCCUCACGAGAUCAAGCUGCGCCGAAAGGCGAAGGCCAGCAAGGGAAACCUCAAUGGGGCGGAGGAGAUGACUUUGCAUAAGGCUACUUAG